CUGUACAGCUAGCUGUUGGCGUGGUGCCCACGUGUGUCGUUCUCACAUCUUGUCCACGCAGCAGGGAAACACUAAGCUGUAGAGCCAGCGUCGGUUAGACGCGAAACGGAUGCUCUCUCUUUACACUAUACUACUCUCUACAUAUACACUGCUAAUCUCUCUCUCUCCCUCUCUCCCUCUCUCCCUCUCUCUCUCGCUGUCUCUCUCUCUAUACACUACUACUCUCUCUCUAUACACUACUACUCUCUCUCUCUAUUAUACACUGCUAAUCUCUCACCAUCCCACGUCGCGUGAGCACGUACUGCACGCACUGUUCGGAGGAAAGCUGCAGGACGAGUAUCAGCAUUAGUAGCAUAUCUGCAUUGAUGGAACGAUGUUCCCAUCGACUGACUGACUGACUAGUCACACAUUUCCUACGUCGUCUCCAUAUACACGCGUCAAAUAUGAACAUGCGGAUCUGCAGAUGGGCGUUGCUCGUCGCACUGACGUGUGUGCUGCACACAUCGGCGAUACGCGUCGACUUUACCUAUCACCAUUACGACGAAGUUGAGAGAGUACUGAGAGAAAUCAACCAAGCCUACCCCGAUAUCACGCGAUUGUACACAAUCGGAAGGUCAGCGGAAGGACGAGAGCUAUGGGUGAUGUCGAUAGCUGGCGUGCAGGACAGACAUGUGCUAGGGCGUCCUGAAGUGAAAUACGUCGGUAAUAUCCAUGGAAAUGAGGCGGUGGGUCGGGAGUUGCUGCUACAUUUUGCGAAUUACUUAGCCUCACGCUACCGACUUCAUCGCAACGUCACAGAAAUACUCGAUAGCAUGAGAUUGCACAUUCUAAUCAGCAUGAACCCAGACGGAUUCGAGUCUUCGGUAGAAGGCGAUUGCCGCGGUGUGAAGGGCAGGGGAAACAGUAACAGAGUCGACCUCAACCGAAACUUCCCUGACUUCUUCGAGGAUAAUAGCUAUCCUCCUCGCCAGAUGGAGACACAGGCCGUCAUGGCGUGGAUGCAAGAGAGACAGUUUGUUCUGAGCGCCAACUUCCACGGUGGCGCUUUGGUCGCUAACUAUCCCUACGACAACCUGCCGCGUGGAGUGAAGAGGAAACGACUGAGAACGGGAGCAAGCAUGUACAACACGUCUCCCGAUGACGAUGUGUUUCGCUUCCUCGCCAUGACGUAUUCAUACAGCCACCCAACGAUGCACAAUAGUCACAAAUGCGAUAACUCAUUCACCGAUUUCGAAUACGGCAUCACGAACGGAGCUGAUUGGUAUACGGUUAAAGGUGGCAUGCAGGACUUCAAUUACAUCGAGGCCAGUUGCAUGGAGACAACGCUUGAGAUUAGUUGCUGCAAGUACCCGUCGGAGCGCCAUCUACCGGACUACUGGCAGGCGAAUCGCAGGCCGCUACUCAGCUACCUUCGCAUGGCAAAUAUGGGAGUACGGGGAGUUGUCAGUGAUGAGUUGUCGGGAGAAGGGAUCAGCAACGCUUGCGUGUUCAUCGAGGAACGCCUGCAUCCCGCCAGAUCCACUAUCAGGGGCGAGUACUGGAGGAUUCUGCUUCCAGGUCGCUACAGCGUCAUUGUUGUUGCGGAGGGCUACGCAACUUUACUCCGUGAAAAUAUUGUCGUUAACUCGACGGAGAUUCCACGCGUCGUUGACUUCGUCUUGUCGCCGGCAGGUGGCAGUACCUAUUAUCUAUCUCAUUACGAGCGUCUAUGUGAGGAAGCUGUUGAUGACACCAACGGAUCAACGCGACGUAACCGCUACCUGGAUCUAACCAGACUGAAGAGGGCGUGGCGAGGUCGCGACCACGCAGCCGCUUAG